AUGGGAACCCUAACGACCUCCUCUACGGCAUCAAGUUUUCCGUUGGUCAAAUCUAAAAUUGGAAGCACAAACCAUGAGGAGGAAACGACUGAAACCCGCUCGAUGACGGAGCGAAGUGGCCGAACGGAUUCCAGUGGACGUUCGGCUGCCCUCGAGCGAGCGUACGUGCAUGACGUUUACGAAAACUGCGAAGAACCGAAUGGACAAAUCCGACCGAAGGUGGCCCAAUUCCUGGGUGGGCUUGAACCUGGUUCCCUUGUCUGCGACGUCGGUUGCGGCAACGGCCGUUACCUGUCCGGGUUCAAUCCCCUCAUCUACACGAUCGGUGUCGACCGGUGCUAUCGUCUGACACAGGUUGCCCAUGGGAAAGGCGGUGAAGUAGCGAUAUGUGAUAAUCUCGAGCUACCAUUCCGUGAUGAAUCGUUCGAUGCGGUCUUAUCGCUCGCGGUAGUUCACCAUUUCGCCACGACGGAACGACGGGUCGGCGCUAUUCGUGAGCUGGCCCGUAUCCUACGCAUUGGGGGCCGCGUCAUCAUCACCGUGUGGGCGUUGGAGCAACGGCACCGACGCUUUGAAUCGCAGGAUGUACUUGUCCCUUGGCAACCACCGCGCUCCAAAACCGGAGGCAUCUCGGACGACGAAGAUGACGACGAUUUCCUGCCGCCGUACCAUGCGUAUACGGAGGAUUCCACCAACUCGAGCCGAUCGGCCGGUGAUGGCGAUAGCUCUAGUCUGUCCUCCUCAUCGCCCGGGGAAACGUGCUACAGCUUCGUACGUCGUGCCAUACAGAAACUCGCCGGCAGUAAGCGCAGUCCAUGGUUCCUGGAGUCGUGGAGCUCGCGGGAAACUAAGCACGACAGCAGCCUCGACUACGAGGACGCGAAGGAUUUACCCAUUGAGCUCAGGCGCCUGGAGGACUUCGACGACCUGCCCGAGCCGCCGCUGUCUGCUGGGCUCAAGAGCCGCAGUCUAGGUAGUAUACUAAAUCCACCACCAAAAACCAUAGUUAGAUCACGUUCAAGUGUACCAAGUUUAGGUGCGCAAAUACCUGAAUCGAAAGCGACCCCCGCCGCGGAACCGACGCCAGUGUCCCGCCGACCAAAGCUUGUGAAACAGAAACAGUCACUGUGCGACGAUGUAGACUAUAAGUUUUCCGAUUCCUCCGCACAAGCGUACCGGGAGCAUGCGCUGCGCAACGAGUCGCGCGUGCAGCUCCUGCGUAAACAAAGCUCACUCAACGAGGAGCUGAUGGCCGAGAGCCGGUUGCGCGAGAAGGAGCGCAUCCGGAAGCGCAUCCAGAAGCAAAUUUCGUUGAACGAAAGCUUCCUGUGUCGGUCGCUCUUUACCAAGCGGUUGCAGGUCAUCAAGGAGGGAUUCGCGACCAAGCUUAAGACAUCGACCGGCAGCCUCGAGCGGGUCACCAAGAAUGGAUUUGUUAAGAUCAUACAAAACAUUAAAGCCGCAACCCCGGCCGCGUAUCACGGUGGACCGGCCGGCAGCAGUGGGGCCGGUGGUGGUCAUCCGCAUCACCAUCACCAUCAUCACCAUCACCACCAUCACCAUCCAAACCAUCAUCAUGCACACCACCUUCAUCACAGUCCGCACGGGCCGCCCAGUGGCCGGCCACCGUACUGUUACGAGCCGGGCGAUUGUGGACCCUGUCCAAGCGGAUGCUGCAUGGCAGGAAUACACCCAGAGCACGGUGGAACGGGUCGGUUCGGGGGUGCGGGUGGACACCACCGAUUGUCUCGCAAUAACUCUGCCGGCGGCAGCGGCACCAGCAGCAACGGUAGCAAUGGCAACGGUUUAAGCAACAAUGGCAACGGCUCCAUCGGUCACGAUAAGCUGCUGGCGUCGAUGGGCACCAGCCAGGAUGAGGCAUCGAAACCGAGGCGACAUUCGCGGGAAAGCGGUUCCGACAGUUUUCGUUCUACUUUCAUUAAACGACAACGUUUUGCGGAUUCGUCCAAGGAUAGUAGUCUUCAAAGUGAUACCAGCAUCGAGUCGGAGGAUAGUUUUGCAUCUGUGAUUUACAUUCCUAAACCAGACCAACAACAACAGCCACAGCCGCAACAGCAGCAGCAGCAGCAGCAGUCGCAAUCGAACGGUGGCUGUGGAGUAACAGCCGGCGGUGGUAAUGGUAGUAGUACGUGUAGUGGCGUUAAUGGUGCUAACGGUGGAACGAACAGUGUGUCCGAUUUCUUCAGCCCCGGAACAGCAAUUAACUGCAUGCCUUCCUCAUCAGUGCCAACAUCGCCAUUGGUGAUGCCUUGUCCCACACCGGCCCACUCUCCAGCUCCUCCACGAACCAAAUCCGGUUGCGUAGCUACUGCUUCCGAAUCCACGGACGAACACGUAUGUUUCAACCCCACGUCCAACGGGAGCAGCAACCAGUUCACAUUCGAAGAAACUGUUAUACUACCAUGGCAACUUGAGCAGCAGGAAGCGACAACUAAGGAACCUGUGACGACCAGUAUAGGAGGCGAAGCUUCAACCUCCACUGCCACGGUUCACGAUACAGUGAUUUGCUCAAAAUCUACCAGCAGCACGAACACCACCAUGACCAUCACACCACCCAGUACCUGCUCAGGCAAAUCUGCUGCUCCAACGGGGACAACGAGCAGUAAACAUUCCAGCACCGAGGUAGCAUCACAAAGUUCACCGCAGAAGACAAGCUCACAAAAGAUCACACGCCAGCAGAUCAAAGAUCUGCCGCCAAUACCCAAGUUCCGUCGCAGCGGUAACUAUCCAAUUCUGCGCCGGCAAACUUCGGCAGCCGCUGGUAGUAGUACAGCAGCUCCCGUACCAGUGCCAAAGCUCCUUUCGCUUGAACUGUUCAACCCGGAGACAGACGAUCUUGACAGUGACUCGAGUGAACCAUCCUCACCAGACUCGAUAGACAGCGUGAUCAGUGCGCUCAGACCGUCCCUAUCGCCGUUGCCCGUGGCCAACCUUUCCGGCACGGCCCAGCACAAAAUACACCCCAGUGGGUCGGGCGUAUCAGAGCCUGCUGCUGCUACCACUUCCGCAAUUCCUGGUCCUGGAGCGCCGGCUAUACCUCCACUGGUAGAAGCGGCUGCUGUUGUGGCGCACAAACUUGAAGACGUAGUGGACAUGGCCAUACCCGAACGACUCGGUGCCGAUGGGAAACCGUUGCGAUUCAACGGUUUGCUGAACUCCACAGCCAGCUCAACUGCAUUACACAUUUCCGAUGUGGACGAGCACAACUCACGGCAACAUCUAGUGGACUUUGCCGAAAAACUCAGCGCUCAGCUCUUGAAGGAGCUCGAAAAUGAGAAAAAGCGCAACGAAAGCUUCGAUGAAGACGACGACGUAUUCGGGGUCGACAGCAGAGUUCGUUCUAGUUCUGCACUCGGUUCACCGCCGAUUGUUGAUCCGUAUCUUAAGAAACUAAACGGGGAUCUGCGAGAUCUACAUCAACUACGAGCAGAGCUUCGAGAAAGAAGACUUAUGUUAGCAAAUCUUUCCAAUUUGGGCUCGGGCGUCGGUUUGAGUGGUCAGUUUGGUGGUAGCAACGAUUCGCUCGGCCCCAGCUAUGGCUCUUCGAUGGCACCGAUCAUCCAGGAGGAAACGGAUGAUGAUGAAGAGUUUAACGAACUGGAAGAUCGUCGCUGUAAUGGGAUGGAUGCCGGCGGACAACCAUUAGCAGGCCCGAGCGUACUGAAGGUAACGUCCAGCAUAAAGUGUAAGAAUCUCGGUGGCAAGACCGUGGACGACUUUGUCAUCAUACCGGAACUGGACGAAGACGAUCCGGAACAGUCCAACGAUACGACUUUGCUAAUACAGGAAGAGGAUAACUCCGAGGAGCAUCCUCACACGUCCGAACCAGAGCGUUCUUCUGGAGCGGUUGGGACAAGUACGACUAACAGUACAGUCGACAGCUACAGACGACGUUGCAAGGUGCCUAGUUUUAACAAUCCGAAGCCGUUGGCGGUACAGAGCCAAGCUAGCGGGGACAUCCAGCACGGUAGCAGCAGUAGCAGUAACAGUAGCAGCAGUAAAGAUACCACUGAACAAUGCGGUCGGUGGAAUUGUGCACCAGUGUCGAUCACUCCGGUACCACUCACAACGUUAACAACGGCGACGACGACGACAGCAACGACGGUGACGAUGCAAGCGUCAACGAGCUCACUCACAGGGCUGAGCAGUGGCGGAUGCUCGUCCGCAACGCACAUUUCAGGACCACCCAACGCUUCGGGUCUUUCGAUUUGUGGCGGUGAACGCAAACCCCUCUCGGCAACCAAAAAAUCUUCGAUGCCCUCCUUCGAAUCUCAUGCUAGUGUGGACUCGUGGGCACAUUCGACCAGUACCGCGUCGCUCGAUAGCCCGUCGAUUGGCGGUUCUGCGACGCACCAUCGAUAUUAUCACGUGUUCCGGGAAGGUGAGCUAGACGCGCUGAUCAAUCACCACGUUACGAGUCUGCACAUCGUUUCUUCUUACUACGAGCGAGCGUCUUGGUGUGUGGUAGCGGAAAAAGUACACGUGUGGACAAUUUAG